GUGGUGGAGAUCCAAUCGCAGAUGUCAGAGCGGGCUGUGGAGCUGCUGGGACUGCCUGAGGACCGGCCGUGCCUUCUCCUGGAUGUGGGCUGUGGCUCUGGGCUGAGUGGGGAUUACAUCUCUGACGAGGGUCACUACUGGAUCGGUAUGGACAUCAGCCCUGCCAUGCUGGAUGUGGCUGUGGAGAGAGAGGUGGAAGGAGACCUUCUUCUUGCAGAUGUGGGUCAUGGCAUUCCCUUCAGGCCUGGCACGUUUGACGGCUGUAUCAGUAUUUCUGCAGUGCAGUGGCUUUGUAAUGCUGAUAAGAAAUCACACAGCCCUCCAAAACGCCUGUAUCGAUUCUUCUCAACUCUUUAUACUGCCUUGGCCCGAGGAUCCCGUGCUGUCCUGCAGCUGUACCCUGAGAACUCCGAACAGCUGGAGCUAAUUACAGCCCAAGCCAUGAGAGCUGGCUUUACUGGGGGAAUGGUGGUAGAUUACCCCAACAGCGCCAAAGCUAAGAAGUUCUUCCUUUGUCUCUUUGUUGGGGCAUCUGGCACAUUACCAAAGGGCCUUGGUACUGAGUGUACUGAUGGAGAAGAGAUGCACCAGGCAAAGUUCACCAAUGAGAGGACGCGGUUCAGAAAUGCCAAGGGCAAGUCUGUGAAGAAAAGCCGGGACUGGAUCCUUGAGAAAAAGGAGCGUAGACGACGACAGGGCAAGGAAGUGCGAGCAGACACAAAGUACACGGGUCGAAAGCGCCGCCCUCGCUUCUGA